AGUUUGACAGACGAGUGGAGGUGAGUCACUUUUCGUCCUACCAAAAAUACAACAAGCGAUGGCCAUCAUUUUGCUCUCCCGUUCAAGAAGAGACCUCGUCGGCUGUUGUAAAUGCAGUGCGUUCGUACUGCUGUAUUUACGGUAGACCCCGUCGCUACACGGAAGAAAAGCUUCCAGCUAGCUAGAAAAACACAGAGAUGUGAAAAAUUUUCUCGUUUCUCUUCGCGAUUUUUGAAAGAAUAAUUGCGUUGAAGGACCUUUUUGCCAUUUAUUUACCGUCACACAUUACUUUGCAUGAAUUAACAUGGCGACGUGCAUUCCUUUUCAAACCCAGUUAUCCUCAAUAAUGGAGGUUUUGGUUAAAGCAGCAGUGACUGAGAUAUCCAAACUAGUCGAUGACAAAUGUGCGUUUUUGCAUCUUGAAAUAUCCCGAAAGCAAAGCGAGAAUGAGAUGCUGAAAAGGAAAUUGCUCAUGAUGGAGAACAAAAGUGCGCAGCUGCAGCGCGGGUUCGAAAACUACAUGGACAGAGGACCAGAUGUGGGGAGUAACUGUCUGCAUCCCCCAGGAGAUAUUAAGUUUCCUGAGAUUGAAGAUGCUACGGUUUCCUUCACAAUUAAAGAAGAGAGUCCAGAUGAAACGCUGUGGAUCAGUGAUUCUGCUGGACCAGUCGGUUCGGCUUUACGGUACUCCAAUCCAGCGAAUGCCCAGGAGAGCCAGCAGCUUGAAGACCGUCAGUUAAACCAUUCAGAGGUCGCCAGACAAAAAACCUCAGAGUUCGGCGAUUUGUACAACUCUGGUCAGCUUGCUGGAGACAUCAGUGGCCUUCAGUUUACCGUCAAGACCGAGAAGGAGGAGGACCGAUCUGGAUUCAGUCAGGAUGGAUGCCAGCACGGUGCAGGAAAGCAGACACAACUUGCUGCUGACCUCUCCAUGGAUGAACGAGAGAAUCAGCUCUGGUCGUCCAUAAUUGACGGUACUGACAUUGAGGCUGGUUUUCCUGACUUUUCUAGUGUGGUAGAGGAGUAUUCCAACACAUUCCCGGACCAUUCUGACGCUCAAGUGGUUUCUAACACGACCAAGUCGACUAAUGUUCAGCAGCUGUCCUCUCAGAGGCCGUGUAAUGGGAUCUACAACAGCGAGUAUCAGAAGGACGUCCCGCAGUCGUCCACUUUUCAACCUCAGGGGGCCGAGUCGCAGCAAGACAAGCAGAAGGAGCAAAUGUACUCGCAGAGAAACCCCUCACAUGUUGCUCACCUCAGGCAGCCAGAUGAACACCCCGAGAGGGAGACUGCAGCUGAAGAUAGACCAGUCAUGACUCCCACGCACAACUCUUUCACAGCAGGCAGCUUCUCCCCACACACUCCUCACAAACCUCACUCUGGCUCGGCUCGUGGCUACGGCUGCUCACAGUGUGGGAAGACGUUCGGCCGCCUCCACCAGUUCAAGCUCCACCAGCAGAGCCACAAAAGAAAGCGGGCGUUCUGGUGCACGGUGUGCGGGAAGAACUUCCAGUGUUCGUCGCACCUCACCAUACACCACCGGACACACACCGGCGAGAAGCCGUACGGGUGCGGACAGUGUGGGAAGAGGUUCACGCAGCAGAGCAGCCUGAGGGUCCACCAGCGCACGCACAGCGGCGAGCGGCCCUACAGCUGCUCGCUGUGCGGGAAAACCUUCAUCCUGAUGCACCAUUUGAAGCGGCACAGAAUCAUUCACACAUACAGCUGAGGUGGACAUGUCUGAAGGGAUGUCGCUCAGGUGAAAAGACACGACUGACCAUCAAAACCAAGUCAAAGAGCCAGCGAGUGGCCGCUUUUGUGGUUGGGAUUUCAGACCUUACGGCAUUGCUUGCGGUCUUUGUAUAUUAAUGCAUAUUUUACUAUGCAAAAUGCAUCCAAUUUUUAAGAGGUUUGCUUCUUUUUUAAGUGCUUGUCUUAUUAUUAGAACUUAAAACUGAAUUGCAACAGAAUUCAUCCAAGUCAGUAUUUUUAAGAUGCCUCCAAAGCUAGAAAUCCCAAAAAAAAAAAGAACACGUAUCAUUACAGGCUGUUACAGAAAGAUCUGUCAGUUGUCCUGCGUACUGACCUUCGCCCACAGACACAGUUUGUCUCAUGUAGAAACAUGCCUUAUGUCAUUUCAGCACCGAAACCGUGGAAGCACAACAUGCUUUUUACCCCCAUAAACUUCCCUUUCCAUUCAGAGCCGAUGAAGCACCUCUCAGAUUUCUGUUUCGAUGUCAGGAUCGGUAAAAAACCUUUCUGAAUGUUAUUGUUAAAAUGUAUCUCCGAAACAAAAUCCUUUGGCCAUUGUUAUGAUUUGUAUUAAAGGAUGGUUGCAGUUGGCAGCUGGAUUUUUUUUCCACUCAGUGAUUUUAGUUUUAGAUGUCACACUUCACUUUGGCUGCAUUGACUUUCCUGACGGGUUUAUUAUCAUUCACUGUAUUCAUUACGUUAAUUUAAUUAAAGGUUAUAUACCAUUUGGUACUCAAAA